UGUGCGGAACACACACGAAAUUUCUGCUCCGUAAAUAACAUAAAAGAAUAGUGGUUAUAGGUGGAAUGAAAUCGUAAGACUUUUUGAUCAUAAGUACCAAGUGAUAUGUUCUUCAAUUUAUUGAAAAACUAGAACGAUACGUGAGGUGAAACCGAGGAAAAACGUGAAUUAGUGUGUGAAACCUAACAAAUUAGCUUUUACGCGCUUCAUGAGAUUCAUGUUGUACAGUUUUUUACACCUAAAAUAUAAAAACUAUUUGUCUAUUGAGGUAGAAUAUAAUCUGGUCUAGAUCAGCAGAUUAAAAUACUAGAAACUCCCGAAAUGCCACAAAAUGAUGGAAAUGACAUAUCAAACAAGGUCCUUUUUGAUAUGCUGAAUAAUGUAAUAACCACAAAUGAAACUAUCAAGAAACAAAACGACGAAAUCAAAACUGAGAUCCUAAAUAUAAAACAGGAACUUGGCACCAAAAUUGAAGAGUUGAAAGAAGAAAACUCAAACCUGAAAAAGAAAGUGAACAGCCUCAAGGAAAAGAUACUAGCUUGUGAAAGGAAACAAAAAAAAUACAAUUUGAUUUUUUAUGGCCUAAAUGAAAAGGAAAAUCAACUAGAAGAUAUUCAAAAUAUAAUUGAAGUAAUAAAAGAACAUUGUGGAGUGCCCUGUACAUAUCAAGACUUACGAAAUUGCUAUAGGAUAGGACAGAAAAAAGACAGUAAAACUCGUCCAGUCCUAGUAGAAUUUAUUUAUUAUCACCAAAUAGGUUCCAUAUUAGAAAAAGCAUCCAACCUGAAAGGAAGUGGUAUAUCUAUAUCCAAAGAUUUUGCUCACGAAGACUACCAAGAAAGAAAAACACUGCAUCAUAAUUUGAAAGCAGCCAGGCGACAAAACGUAGAAGCGAAAAUUGUGAAAAAUAAAUUGAUAGUUCGAGGAAUUGAGUAUAGUGCCGAGCAACUACAACUGGGUGAUCAUCCAUUCAUAGUCCCAGCAGUAGAAAAUACACCAUCGAACGGAGCCAUCCCAAGAAACAAAAGAAAAACAUCGGAGGCUGAAAAUUCUGAAUCUGAAGUAACAAGAAAAUCUACACGCCCAAAAAGAAACCCAUAGGUACUGUUCAUAUUAAAUUUUAAUUUUAAUUUCAAUUCGUUCCCUAUUAAUAUUCUCUUUUUAUCGUAUUUUAAAUUUGAAUUUUAUUUUGU